AUGAAGUUUUGCUUCCCAGAUUUAUAAAGUGAUUUUGAAAAGAAUGUAAAUAUCAUCUAUGGAAUUGGCAAAGAUUAUAUUCCUAACAAGUAUCAUAUACUUAUUCUAAUAUUUAGUCGUCGUAAAACCUUUGCAUCCAUAUUACAAACUCCAGAUCCAACAUUUUAAGAUUCUCAAAUAAAUUAAGCAUAUUAUUUUAAUUAAAUUUAUUAUAAUGACGAAUAAGAAUAUUAAUAAUAAUAUCAUCAGUCAUACAUUAAUUACAAUUAUUAUGCCCAAUAUCAAAUGCUAGAAAUUGAUUAAUAAUAGAGAAAAAGUGGUUAUUGA